UAUUAUUUCUUACUCUUUUGUUUGAAGGAGAGCUUAAUUGGACGACGUUCGGCUGUGAGACAGAAAUCAUCAACAACACCAUCAAGUGUUCCUGCUCACAUCUGACGUUCUUUGCAGUGCUGAUGAUCCCUCAGUCUCAGUCAGAUACAAACAUCACAGCACAGGACCUGGAAUCACUGACCACGAUAUCUUCUAUCGGCUGCGGCAUCUCCAUAUUUUUUAUGUCCAUCGCUUUAUUCAUGCAUUUCCUGCUACGGAAAGCCAAAUCAAACCAGGCCACGAAGAUCUUGAUGAACAUGUUUGUGUCUUUGUUUCUACUGAAUGCCUCGUUUUUGUCAAACGAGAGCGUCGCUAACACACAAGACAACGCUGCGUGCGUCUUCAUAGCGCUGCUCCUGCAUUACUCCAUGCUGGCCUCAUUCACCUGGUUCUUCAUUCAAGCUCUUCAUAUGUACUUAUGGCUCAUCAGACAGAACGUCACCAUCACAAACUACAUGAGGAAGAUCACCGUGUUGGGCUGGGCGUGUCCGGCUCCGAUAGUCGUAGCUAUUGCUUCCGCAGGAGGAUAUGAAGCCUUGACCCUAAACAGUACGUCUGGAAAAGUUGCACGAAUGUGCUGGAUUACAAAUCCUUACAUUCACUACAUAGUGAACAUCGGCUACUACGCUUUAGUUUUCAUCUUCACGACAGGAAUCUUCAUCAUGAUCGUCACUAAGGUCGUUCAGGCCAGAAACAUAAAAGCAGUUGACGGCAAGAGAAAGACGUUCAGAAAGCAGCUGAUGAUGGUGUUGAGUUUGUUCCUGCUCUUCGGUCUGACGUGGUCUGUGGCGUUCUUCAGUUAUGGACCGAUGCUCAUUCCCUCAUAUUACAUAUUCACUGUGUUCAACUCCUUUCAGGGGUUUUUCCUCUUCCUGUAUUACUACCACAUUCACAAUGAUGUUGCUAGCAAUUUGUCAGAUGAUCCAGAAAGCACCGACUCCACUGUUUAAUCCAGAAUUAAUGCUUUGUAAAAUAUUUUUAGCUAGCAUAAUCAAGGCUUUCUUCGUCUCAGACUGGUUUCUAAAACUGAUCUGUACAGGGGUUGAUUAAGGAGAAACUUUGUAAAAAAUCUCAAAAACAGCACAAAGAAAAAUAUCACUUAUAAAUGAGUAAGAACUGUUUAAACUAAGGCGUGCACGUAAAAUUAUGGCUUUUUUUAGUUGGCUAAUUUUAGUGAAAUACCUUAAAACUUUGUUGUUACUGUACAGUCUGUUAUUGUGGAGUCUGUCCGACUCAAAUAACACUGAAAUGUAUUUAUAAACAAAUUUACAUUGUUAUUAUGAAUGCCAACAUGCCUUUGUAUGCAGAAAUUUGCAUGGCCAUUUUAUAAAGACCCAUGCACUAGGUUUUAAAAGUACACACAUAGAUGUGAAACAUAUUUAGUUACUGAAAACACAACAAGCAAACAAAAAACUGGAAAUCUC